GCCAAACAUUAUGUCCACAAUGCUCUGGCAAGACCACAAUAUACAGUCAGCUCUAAGAAAAUGGUGAAAUAAUUAACAGAAAAGCUACGCUAGCUACAAAUUUCUAUAUAAAAUCAAUUAUGCUAUGGUAAACCUAAUAGAAAAUUUCUUCAACUUGUAACAUCAAGGAGAUAGUGCAGUCGUCAUUCUGUUGGUUGUGUUGAUUUAUUUCUUUUCUAUAUCCUUUCUUAUUCAUCCCAACAUAAUUGUCAAGUGAGUGGAGUGCCGUUGUUUGAGUUUGUGGACAUGGUGUGAGGAGUGCCACAUUUGGAUAGUGCUCGACUAAACCCGUCUUCAGUUUCUAGUGAUGGGUGUUACAAUGGAAAGCAGCAAAGUCACCAGCAAGACAAGUAGCCUGAAAGCACUCCUACUCCGGGCAUGGCGUGAACGAUGGUCAGAUCUACAGUGGGGCAUACACAUUAAAACGAUCCUUCCAAGAGGUGUAAGCGGGGAUGUUUAUAAUCUUGCAGACUGCAUCCUUCAGCAAGCUCUUGUAGGCCCAGCACCAAAUCAACUUGUACUCUCAUACCUUAAACAUUCUCUCAGCUCCCAGCUAGUGUCAUACGCUUCGGUAUUGCAACGCAUUGCCAAAUACGACGGCUUUCACAAACCUCACUGCAUCAACUGCCUUCUAGAGUUUGUCGAAAGCAUACAGAGUGGUAUCACAUGCCGUGGCAAACCUGAAGAAGGAAUACUAGCCAGCGCGAUAUUGAGCCUCGUUCAUUGGCUUCUCCAGUGCUACCACCAUGCACUCACCAAUUCCGAACCUGUCAAUGAAAUGCUUCAAAAACCUUCGGCGAUACUUCACUAUAUGUUGAACUGCGAUUUUCUGACUGCCAUGCUGUAUUUAGCUAAGCAUGAUGACAAAGAUCUCUACAAUGAAGUUGUUAAAAAAUGUCAGGAAAUUGAGGUGAUUGUCUCACAAAACAGCAAUAUAGCUGCUGCUGCUCCUAUUCAGGACACUUUAAUGAAGUUGUGUAGUUUAGAGUUAGGAAACACCAGCUUAACAACUUUAACUGAUAGAGGAGCAGAUGUUUCAGAGCCUCUUACUUAUUGUGUUCAACCCCUUCUUGCAGUACAAGUUAUACAAAACCUUGGCGCUGAAACAAAUCACCUAGCAAAUCAGCUACGCUUAUUACAACGCCUCAAGGGGUAUAAGAUGUCAAGACUGUGCUGUGAAGUUAUUCGAGCUUGCCUAAUGAGUUUGAAUGAUGCAUUGGGAACAAGCGAAGAAUCAAAAUGGGGCGCAUUCACAUUUCUAAAGCUUCCUUAUGUCCUAUCAGCGCUAAACGGAUCAAAUAUUCAAUCAUCACCCGAAGGAGAUUAUAGUGAGGAUAUCGUAGAAGCGAUACAGUUGCUGGUUCAGUUUGUACCAUUGCUUGAUCUCAUGGAUUCUCCAGUUUCUUUCAACUGCAUUGAGGCACUUCUUGCUGAGCUCGUUAAAUUGAAAUUGCUCAAUGAAUCCCAUGUAAAAUCAUACAUUGCAAGACGGGAAGCUGUUAGUUUUGGUUUGCCUAGAACAGAAAUUAAUUCAGGAGCCCAGUCCCAGCCAAUCUUCAAAGUUAUAAUCAGAGCUCAACCGACAUUGCAGCGCAUUUUAAAGACUUUAGAUGCUGAUCUGGCUAAAAUUCAAGACCCACUACCGAAUGUUUUAUCACAGGUGUUAACAGGGAAAAGUUUUGAGCUUAUCCUGGCAGUAGCAGCAGUUGAAGGUGAAAUCAAACCAUUUGUCACGAAAUUAAUAAAGUUCAACGAGUAUGCCAAAACAAGUAGACCAGUAUUAUUUGACAUAACUUUUGUUAUGCUGUGUUUCAUCGUUCAGUCAAAUGGUUCGAAUGUUGUGAUUGAACAUGAAAAUGUCGGUGAAAAAAGCUUUUUUGAACAUUGGGUGGAAGAUUUUAUGAUCGAACGAGGCAAGCCAAAAUGCCCUGAUGCCAUGUUGCAGCAGGCAGAUACAGCUGUCGUUGAUGCCCUUCUUGCACAACUGAAUUCCAACCAGCCGGAUUUCUCUUCAAUAGGAGUUGGUUGGGAUGUAAUAUGCAAGAGCGUCGGAGCAACCAUGAAGGAAGUUGUUUUGGCGUGGGAGCAAGGUGCUCUUUCAGCAACUGAUGUUAAAAGAAUUUUAGACAACAUGAGACAAAGCAUGUGUUGUUUGCCAAUAUGUGCAUCCCUUUGGUUAUGCAGCUACAUGCAAAUCUUACAUCAAGAUGCCUUGCUUAAGCCAAUGAACAUGGUACAACAGUUCUUAUCACCUGUUGGUGUUGGUUCAGAAGAGGGUUCACAUCAAGACAAUUUUAAAGAUAGAUCAACUCUGAUGGUCCAGAUGAUCAGAAAAAUGCAAUAUGACAUGCAAUUGGCAACAUCAUCAAAACUUAAAGUCAUAAAUUUGUCUCAUAGCAUUGUUUCGAAGGAGCCAAUGAGCGAAGAACUUGCAGAUGUAUGGUCUGGGGUGCAUGAAAGAGGUUGGUUUAACAUCAACGCAACUCACGCUUUUGAAAGCCUUUUUCUUACAGCAGGACCAGAAUGGUUUGUCACGAAUAUUGUUAAGGAAAUUAUGAAACUCCGUUAUAAGGAGGAGCUCAAUAAAGCCGUGGAUUUAGCCUUAGCAGUAUUUCAUUUGAAUAUAGAAGUGUGCACUGAAGUUUUACUUACUACUGUAGUGCCACAAUAUCUGCACAACAACAACCUAAGCAAUGAUAUUGUGGAGCCACAAUCAUCUGCAGUGGCAAAAUUGUGUGCUUACUGUACGUACGCAGCUUGGCAGUCUCAAAGUUCGAAUACACGAAAACGACCUUACCCUCCUUCUGAUGAUCUUGAAGAUAUUGGAAUCCCAGCAAAACUGCUUCACCUUGAAGAAGGAGCAAUCAUACUCAAAGGUGGUAAUUCAAUUGAACCCCAAGUCCCACCUCUUAACGGUCCAUUGCUAGAAUCAUUGAAAAGCCUGUUCACAUCAUUUUCACUCAUCACAGAUCACACUCUUUACAUCUCUCAACAAAGCCAUUUUGUAUUUCGUGUCCUGGAGCAGAUUGUCACAUGUGGACACGAUCAAACAAGGCCGCUGCUUCAAGGAAUGCCCAAUACUCUUGUACCCAAUUUGGUGCGGGCAUUACCCAACCUAUUUUCAACAGAUUUGGUGUUACGACUGUACGAUUUAACUUCACCCGCUGGGCGAAAGGCGACAGCGAGUGACCUUUGUCUUUUAAGAAAUCUUUCAUUGAAACCAACAGUUUAAUAAACUAUCUCUUAUUUUUUAAUUAUGUAAUCGAAAAGAUAAAAGUAUCAUUAAGCCUACUAUAAGCUUCUUAGAUGUGUUGCAUAGCUUAAACCUUUUACCUUAGAGAAAAAAUGUAUGGUCGAGUCAGAGUAAUUCACACAUUUUCUUUUUCUAUCCCCAGAAAAAUGGAACUUAGAAAGUAAAAAAUUAAUAAUUUUAAUAUACAUUACAUUUAAAAUUUUAAUUAUCAAUUUUGUAAUUUGAUUUUUAUGGUAAUUAAUGACUUGUAUCAAGCCAAUAUUUUAUUUUAUCUUAAUAUAUGUUGACAAGUUGGCGCUGUGAUUCAAAUGAUAGGAGUUGUAUUUUAAUUAGUUCCUUACCACUUAAAUAUAUCAUAUCAUUGUGAUUAUUGGGUCAAAAAGGGAUGUAAAUUUGAUUGAUAUAUAUAAUUGCUAAACUACUUAUAUUCUCAUGAAACGAUUAAUUAUUAAUAGAUUGCUAGUGUAUUCAUUCCUUCUGUGGAAAAUGUAUUGAAAACAAAAUUGCAUCUCAAGUAAUUAUAAUCAUAUGAAAUUAUUUACACUGUUUUAAAAUAAAAAAAAAUGCUUGACUUUA